AUGGGCGCCGGCGGCCCCCGGCGGGGCGCGGGUCCCCCGGACGGCGGCUGGGGCUGGGUGGUGCUGGGCGCCUGCUUCGUGGUCACGGGCUUCGCCUACGGCUUCCCCAAGGCCGUGAGCGUCUUCUUCCGCGCGCUCAUGCGCGACUUCGGCGCCGGCUACAGCGACACGGCCUGGGUGUCCUCCAUCAUGCUGGCCAUGCUCUACGGCACGGGCCCUGUGUCCAGCAUCCUCGUGACCCGCUUCGGCUGCCGCCCGGUGAUGCUGGUGGGCGGGCUGCUGGCCUCGGCGGGCAUGAUCCUGGCUUCCUUCUCCACGCGCCUCCUGGAGCUGUACCUGUCGGCGGGCGUGCUCACAGGCCUGGGCCUGGCCCUCAACUUCCAGCCGUCGCUCAUCAUGCUGGGGCUGUACUUCGAGCGGCGGCGGCCGCUGGCCAAUGGGCUGGCGGCAGCCGGCAGCCCCGUGUUCCUGUCGGCGCUGUCGCCGCUCGGCCAGCUGUUGCUCGAGCGCUUCGGCUGGCGCGGCGGCUUCCUGCUGCUCGGCGGCCUCCUGCUGCACUGCUGCGCGUGCGGCGCCGUCAUGCGGCCGCCGCCCGGGGCCCGCGCCGAGGCCCGCGCGCACGACGGCCCCGGGGAGGCGGGGGCCGAGGCGCACCCGCGCCGGCGCCUGCUGGACGUGGCCGUGUGCGCCGACCGCACCUUCGUGGUGUACGUGGUCACCAAGUUCCUGAUGGCGCUCGGCCUCUUCGUGCCCGCCAUCCUGCUGGUGAACUACGCCAAGGACGCGGGCGUGCCUGACGCCGAGGCCGCCUUCCUGCUGUCCAUCGUGGGCUUCGUGGACAUCGUGGCGCGGCCGGCGUGCGGCGCGCUGGCGGGGCUGCCACGCCUGCGCCCGCGCGUCCCCUACCUCUUCAGCCUGGCCCUGCUGGCCAACGGGCUCACGGAUCUGAGCAGCGCGCGGGCGCGCUCCUACGGCACCCUCGUCGCCUUCUGCGUGGCCUUCGGCCUCUCCUACGGCAUGGUGGGCGCGCUGCAGUUCGAGGUGCUCAUGGCGACGGUGGGCGCGCCCCGCUUCCCCAGCGCGCUGGGCCUGGUGCUGCUUGUGGAGGCCGUGGCCGUGCUCAUCGGACCGCCCUCUGCCGGCCGCCUGGUGGACGCGCUCAAGAACUACGAGAUCAUCUUCUACCUGGCCGGCUCCGAGGUGGCCCUGGCCGGCAUCUUCAUGGCCAUAGCCACCAAGUGCUGCCUCCGGCGCCGCCGCCGCGGCUCGCUGGACGCCUCCGCGGGCCCGGGCUCCGAGGGCGGAGCCAGCGACACCGAGGAGGCCGAGGCCGAGGCCGACCCGGAGCCCCUGCCCAACGCCCCCGAGAAAACCCGCAGCCUCGAGGCCCUGGCGGCGCCGAGCCCCAGCGCCGGGUCCACGGAGCCCGAGGCGGAGGAGGCAGAGCCGGGGCUGGAGGCCGGGACUGUGUAG